AUGCUCGAUUUCGAGCUUUCAAGCGUAAAUGCAUUAAAAAAUGUGUUCCCAAAUCUGUCAUUACACGGAUGUUUUUUUCAUUAUUCACAAGCUCUUUGGAGACUUAUCCAAGACAAUGGGUUAGCUAUGAAAUAUCGUAAAGAUUCUAAUUUCGCAUUGAACAUAAAAAAGUUAAAUGCAUUAUCGUUUGUCCGUCCGCAUUCGGUAAUUAAUGCAUACGAAGCUAUAUCGGAAACUGAGUUUUAUAAUGAAAAUGAGACCUUUUCGUCAGGUUUUUCGGAUUAUUUUGAGAGUGCGUGGAUCGGGCAUAAUUAUGCCGUGAUAGAAAAACGCCGAAGUCCCAGAUUCCCAAUACAGCCACGAGACUGUAACAAUCUCAUUCAAUAUGAUAUUCCCAAAACCAAUAAUUCGGUGGUUGGAUGGCAUAAUUCAUUUUAUUCAACAUUAAAUGCACCCCCCCAUCCUUCGAUAUGGAAGUUUACCGGUGCGCUAAAAAUUGAAGAAAAACUUAAUCGUAUAAAAUUGCGUCGAUUUUUGGCUAGAACGGAACCGAGGAAAAAGCUUAAACAAUAUACAAGACACGGCUUUUGGAAUAAAAGCAAUGUGUUGUGA